AGUGGUGCGGGCUUGCGUCCGGCUCUAGUGCCUCAGAGAUCUACCCGGCCGCGCGCGGUGUGUGAGCGGGUCGGUACCGAAGGGCGCUGGGAUACGAUUUUUAAAAAUCACCGUAUCCAAGUACCAGGAAAACCUGAGCUUGAACGAGAAAAGUUCUGUCACUGACAUGGGGGAUUCUCACAAAGACACCAGUGCCACCAUGACUGAGGCAGUGGCCGAAGAAGUGUCUCUUUUCAGCACGACGGACAUGGUUCUGUUUUCUCUCAUCGUGGGGGUCCUGACCUACUGGUUCAUCUUUAGAAAGAAGAAAGAAGAGGUGCCAGAGUUCAGCAAGAUCCAAACAACGACUUCAUCUGUCAAAGAGAGCAGCUUCGUGGAAAAGAUGAAGAAAACGGGAAGGAACAUUAUCGUAUUCUAUGGCUCCCAGACGGGAACCGCUGAGGAGUUUGCUAACCGACUGUCCAAGGAUGCCCACCGCUAUGGGAUGCGGGGCAUGUCCGCAGACCCUGAAGAGUAUGACUUGGCCGACCUGAGCAGCUUGCCUGAGAUCGACAAGUCCCUGGUAGUCUUCUGCAUGGCCACGUAUGGUGAGGGUGACCCCACCGACAACGCCCAGGACUUCUAUGACUGGCUGCAAGAGACUGACGUGGACCUCACUGGGGUCAAGUUUGCUGUGUUCGGCCUUGGAAACAAGACCUAUGAGCAUUUCAAUGCCAUGGGCAAGUACGUGGACCAGCGACUGGAGCAACUUGGUGCCCAGCGCAUCUUUGAGUUGGGCCUUGGUGAUGAUGAUGGGAACUUGGAAGAGGAUUUCAUCACAUGGAGGGAGCAGUUCUGGCCAGCUGUGUGCGAGUUUUUCGGGGUGGAAGCCACUGGGGAGGAGUCAAGCAUUCGCCAGUAUGAGCUCGUGGUCCACGAAAAUGUUGACACUGCCAAGGUUUACACGGGUGAGAUGGGCCGUCUGAAGAGCUAUGAGAACCAGAAACCCCCCUUCGAUGCCAAGAAUCCAUUCCUGGCUGCUGUCACCACCAACCGGAAGCUGAACCAGGGCACUGAGCGGCAUCUAAUGCACCUGGAAUUGGACAUCUCAGACUCGAAGAUCAGGUAUGAGUCUGGAGAUCAUGUGGCCGUGUACCCAGCCAACGAUUCAACCCUGGUCAACCAGAUCGGGGAGAUCCUGGGGGCUGACCUGGAUGUCGUCAUGUCUCUAAACAAUCUCGAUGAGGAAUCCAACAAGAAGCACCCAUUCCCCUGCCCCACCACCUACCGCACGGCCCUCACCUAUUAUCUGGAUAUCACCAACCCGCCGCGCACCAACGUGCUCUAUGAGCUAGCGCAGUACGCCUCAGAGCCCUCAGAGCAGGAGCACCUGCACAAGAUGGCAUCGUCCUCAGGCGAGGGCAAGGAGCUGUACCUGAGCUGGGUGGUGGAGGCCCGGAGGCACAUCCUAGCCAUUCUCCAAGACUACCCAUCACUGCGGCCACCCAUUGACCACCUGUGCGAGCUGCUGCCUCGGCUGCAGGCCCGCUACUACUCCAUCGCCUCAUCCUCCAAGGUGCACCCCAACUCCGUGCACAUCUGCGCCGUGGCUGUGGAGUACGAAGCCAAGUCUGGGCGAGUGAACAAGGGGGUGGCCACCAGCUGGCUUCGGGCCAAAGAACCAGCAGGCGAGAAUGGCCGCCGGGCCCUGGUACCUAUGUUUGUGCGCAAAUCUCAGUUCCGCCUACCUUUCAAGUCUACCACCCCUGUUAUCAUGGUAGGCCCUGGCACAGGGAUCGCCCCCUUCAUGGGCUUCAUCCAGGAGCGAGCCUGGCUCCGAGAGCAAGGCAAGGAGGUUGGAGAGACAGUGCUGUACUAUGGCUGCCGGCGCUCAGAUGAGGACUAUCUCUACCGUGAAGAGCUGGCCCGCUUCCACAAGGACGGGGCCCUCACCCAGCUUAAUGUGGCCUUUUCCCGGGAGCAGGCCCACAAGGUCUAUGUCCAACACCUGCUGAAGAGAGACAAAGAACACCUGUGGAAGCUGAUCCACGAAGGCGGUGCCCACAUCUAUGUCUGCGGGGAUGCUCGAAAUAUGGCCAAAGAUGUGCAGAACACCUUCUAUGACAUCGUGGCCGAGUUUGGGCCCAUGGAGCACACCCAGGCUGUGGACUAUGUUAAGAAGCUGAUGACCAAGGGCCGCUACUCCCUGGACGUGUGGAGCUAGGAGCUGCCGCCCUCCCAUCCCUCGUUCCCUGUAAUCACUUCCCUAGCUCCCUUCUGCCGACCUCCACCUCUGGUGGUUCUUGCCUGGCCUUGACACAGGGAGGCCCAGGGACUGACUCCUCCCGCCUGAGUGAUGCCCUCCUGGGCCCCUAGGCUGAGCCUGGUCCACUGUACCAAGCAGCCCAGCCCCAGGGCACAUGGCAAGAGGGACCAGGCCCAUCUUUGGGUGAUGGGUGCCUUAGGCCCUCGGCAGCUGUACAGAGGGGCUCUUCUCUCCACUGAGCUGGGGUGCAGCCCCACCACAUGAUUUUGAAUGAGUGUAUAUAAUUUUAAAUAACCUGGCCCUUGGAAUAAAGUUGUUUUCUGUA